AGCUGCUCCCACCAUGCACUUUUUCACACCUCCCUCUGUCUCUUGUUAUAUUCUGUUAUCCCACCUCAAUCUUCUUGCUAUCCUCCUUGCUCUGAUUUUUUAAAUGUCAUCCUUUGCUCCAAACUUCUUGUUGUUGCUGCUCCUCGCUGUCCUUUUGUUUUCUUCUUUACUGAACGGACAUGCUUUUCCCUUGUGCUGUACCUGGAUUCAUUGCUUUGGCGAACAUUGUAGCUCAUACCACACUGUAUCAUACUAUUCCUUUGUAUCUAUACCCGAUCUGUACUAUAUGUACGUGAACACCCCUCCCUACUUAUCUUUUACAUCGCUGAAGUAUUUAUCGGUUCUUAGACGCUAGAAUUAAGUACCUUGUAACUUUCUCACUCAAUUCACACCGAAGUACCCAAG